CACCGGUGUCCACUGCCCCAUUAAAAACCUGAGACCCACCCUAGAGGCUACACAGCUCGGAUGCUAACUCCCGAGCGAGAGUCCUGACAACCACAACCUGACUGGCAACCCCACUGCAAUCCUCAUCGACGUGGGCUAUAAAGCUCGCCCUCGACCGCCCACAGUUGCUCUCUCCCCCAUCCCAUCCAUCAUCUUCUUUCUAUCACACACCCCAGAAAACAAACAAACCUUCGCAUUUUUCCUUCAUCUACAAACAAACCCAACAACCAUGCUUGCCCGCGCCUUCCUUUCGUCGGUUUCGUGUCUCCUCCUACUUGGUGGCCUUGCAGCCUACCAACCUGCACCCCCGAAUGCCCGGUACAUCUGCAACGGGUCGAAGACCGUCGUCGCUGUCGUCAACCCCGACACUCAACACGUCUCUCGUGUCGACGAUCAGGGCAACAUGAAAGACACGCCCAGCGGGUUCUGCAAAUGCACCGGUACAUCGUUCAGCUGUGACGCCCCGCCAGACUUCUACAUCCCCGACGGACCCCAUCUCACUUGCACCCAAGAGGGAUCCAAAACUUGUUACUGAAUUCCCGCUUCGGCGACUCUCCGUGAUCGUUUCCUGAAUCCCUUUUCUUCCCACGUCAAGAUGUAUAAAGAGUUAGCUACUUUUUGGACAGAUUCCACAAAAUCGUUUCGUCUUUUUGUGUCUUGUUUUUCUCUCUUCCCCAUCGGGUGGAGUUCGCAAUUGUCAAGUAACAAUCAAGACUUCUAAAAUA